AUGGCAGACCAUCGGGCCACACCGCCAGCCUCAGCACUGCUCUCUGAGGAAUCAUCACAAGCAGUUGCUCCAAGUCCCACAACUGCAGCAACGUCAGCUAUCCCGCCGAUCGAGGCUGAUAGUACGGAAGACACCAACUCUCUGCUGGAUGGUUACGUUAGCGACGCAGACCACACCUCCAAUACCUCCACAUCCCUCGCCUCAAGCGUCCGAGACUAUAACUGGGAGAACCGGCGUCGCUAUCACAAGUACCGAGAAGGUCGCUAUAUGGUACCUAACGACGAGCUCGAGCAAGACCGUGAGGACAUGAAGCAUGCAUUGGUAGUCAACAUUUGCGGAGGUGCUUUGCACAGCGCGCCGUUGAAGCAUCCGCAAAAGAUUCUCGACAUCGGUACCGGUACUGGUAUUUGGGCUGUAGAAAUGGGCGAUCUCUAUCCUGAAGCCGACAUCACUGGCAUUGAUCUAAGUCCUAUCCAACCCGAUUUCGUACCUCCAAACGUGCACUUUCUGGUCGAUGAUGCGGAAGUGGAAUGGGUUUACCCCGAUGAUUCGUUCGAUUACAUUCAUAUGCGACACAUGGCGGCUUUCUUCAAAGAUUGGCCAAAGGUGCUUUCACAGGCGUACAGGGUUCUAAAGCCAGGUGGCUGGAUUGAGUUUCAAGACCUAUGCUGGAGAAUGGCUUGUGAUGAUGGUACCAUGGCCCCCGACUAUUCUCCAGCGAAAAUGAUCAGCUUCAUCGAGGAAGGCAUGGCAACGUGGGGUUUCGAGCUGCUUUCGGCAGAGAGACUUCCCGAGAGACUCAAAGCAGCAGGCUUUGUGAGUCAGGUCCACAAUGUCAAAAAGAUCCCUCUUGGCGCAUGGCCCAAGGAUGAAGAGCUGAAGACUAUCGGAAGCUACACCCGGGCGAUACUUUACGACGGCUUACAAGGAAUCACGAUGCGUCCCAUGACGAAAGGAUUGGACUGGACGCACUCCGAAGUGGAGAUUUUUCUGGUUGGGGUACGCAAAGACCUGAUGAAGACCUCAUCUCAUGUUUACACUUACUAUCAUACCGCCCUGGGCCAGAAGCCGCUGGAGUAA